AUGCCCGUUCCCUGGGAAGCGAUGAUCCCUAUGGGGUUGGUGGUGGUCAUGUUCGGCGUCACUGGUACCGGUUACAACCUCGCUUCUCACAUUGCUAAUGGCGGAAGGGUAAGUGGGUCUCACCCGAUUUGCGGCAUCUCGACGUGAUGGGCAGGAGUGUGGGCUCCGCCAGGAUGGAUCGGCAUCCUUGAUCCGGAGUGAAUGCCCUAUUAAACAGGCUGGAAUUCGCCUGGUCGGGAGCUGUGCACGUACGAGAUGUACCCUAGCAACAAGGGUCUCGCAAGAGGAUGAUCGCUCAUACAUGGGCCGCAUUCUGCGAAGCGAUCGCCGCCAUACGACCCCAUCGUUCUCGCUACGUGACUCAGCACACCAUCCAGCGCUAACAAAUACUUCUCCCGCCCUUAGCCAUUGCGUCACAACAUUGACACUUGGGACGAGAUGAUGAUGCGCAGGGAUGAGAGGCUGACUGGGAAGUAUAGAGGGCAAAGUGUGAGUGGUGCUAGAGACUGAUAUCACCAUUCAUCCAAGGCCGGGUUGGAUGGUGAAUCAGCAGCGCUGCUAUUCCAUCGCUCACCCACCACUCCACUUGAUCACCACCCGUUACUUGUCCACUCGACCACAGAUAGAUCCCAAGGCCCCUGCAGGCUACGCAACUUCAUCGUGAGUACGAGCAGCGCUCAUCCCAGGAGGGCACUACCCCAACACGAGCGCAUGACUAAUACACCACCUGCUUCCUUAUCCUUUGUCGCUCUCAGCAUCUGGGAGACAGAGAAGGUCAAGGCAUCCUGA